AUGCAUGGCGUAGACGGGUCAAGAGAAGAAAUGAGAGUGAAAACAGACCUCAACGGUGGUCUCAUCAUCGUAGCGGACCGCUUUGCAGCCGUUUCCGACCGUGAACACCCGGGCGAUGCAGUCCAUGCCGGGUGCAUCCGAGCCGUGCGCUCGUCGAUCCUCCCAGGCACAAGAGACACCGACCCUCCAACGGGUGCUGGCCGAGGAGGCGUAAUCGACGUUUGA